AUGGCAUCGGUAAAUAUUCGAGCAGUUCUCGCUUCUCUUCCCUCGAGACCAUGGGUUGCCGGGCUCGUCGACGUCUUCUCAGACCGCAUCAACCUGUAUACUCUCCUCGAGCUCGCGCACGGAGGCACCCUCGCGGAUCUCAUCCAGAACAGUGGGCCGUUUGACUCGCGCACGGCGAGCUUCUACUUUUCCAACAUCGUCUGUGGCCUAGGCUUCCUGCAUAGGCAAGGCAUCGUGCACCGCGAUGUGAAGCCUGAUAACUUGCUCGUGAACGCGGAUGGAUACCUGGUGCUUACGGACUUUGGACUUUCAGUUAUGGAGAAAGACACCCGAGGAGACUUUGAGGACUUCAGAGACGAGGGCACCGAUGCGUACAUGGCUCCAGAACUGGACGUCAAGCCGCGAGAUAAAUUCAUCCCACAGGCUGUUGAUUGGUGGGCAGCAGGCGUGGUCCUGUUUCAGAUGGUAACAAAACGGCUGCCGUUCAACGCUCCUACCAAAACCAGAUUAGUAGAGCGUAUCCAGUCCGGCCAAUGCCGUUGGUGGAAGCGUCUUCGCAUCAAGCCUCAGCUGAAGAACAUUAUCCGGGGGUUGCUCAAGCACUACCCACGACAGCGAUUGGGCUCGAAUUGCAUCGAAGAUGUCAUGGGACACCCAUGGUUACAAGAUAUCAAUUGGAACAUGAUGGAGAAACGGUUAUACUCGGCUCCAUGGACCCCGCCACCCUUGCGAUUGUGAGACGACGUGUACGCCGCCGAGCUCAAGGGAUAUUGGAUCUUUUACGGCCCCCAAAAUUACAACUAGAGUUUCAUUCUCAGCAAUAUAUCACUGUACAACACUCAACGAGUCGCCUUAUAUCUUUACAGCUAUGUAUUCUCCUGAAAUAAUGAUAUACUAGAAUUUC